AUGCAUUCUGUUGCGUUGCUGCUAGUCGCUGCUGCCUUCUCCACGAAGGGAGAUGACGUAUUCGUGACUGUAGAAAACGGUGGCUUGAGGGGUGUGGUGGCCACAUCACUGAACGGCGCUCUCUACAACCAGUUCCGGGGCAUACCUUAUGCUACGCCACCUCUGGGAGAUCUUCGAUUCCGUGCCCCGCAGCCUGCGACCUCCUGGUCCGGAGUUCGAGACGCGCUGUCCUUCGCGGAGAAGUGUGCCCAGCCAUCGGCUCUCGGCUUGCGACCACCUGUCGGCUCCGAAGACUGCCUCUACCUCAAUGUGUACGCACCGGGUACGGGGAGCCGUCCUUUCCCCGUCAUGGUUUACAUCCAUGGCGGUGCCUUCGAAGCUGGGUCGUCUUCCAGCGGCACUCCAGACUAUUUUGUGGAGAAGGGCGUUGUAUUCGUGACAAUCACCUAUCGUCUCGGUGCCCUUGGUUUCCUGAGCCUGCAGAACAACGACAUCCCAGGCAACGCGGGCCUCAAAGACCAGGUGCUGUCUUUGCAAUGGGUGCAGAGGAACAUCGCGGCCUUCGGCGGGGACCCCAGCAAGGUCGUCCUCUUCGGAGCGAGCGCUGGUGGCGCCGCCACAUCACACCUGUUCCUCUCGCCGGCGACUGGGGGUCUCUUCAGCGGUGUGAUUAUGGAGAGUGGGGUAGCGACGACCCCCUGGGCACUGACAGAGAAACCCCGCGAGAGGGCGUACCGGAUGGCGGAGGCGCUCGGCUUCCAGGCGCAGAGCGAUAACCACACUGACGACGACGACGCGCGGCUGGCUGCCUUCCUUCGCGCCGCCAACUACACAGACAUCGCCGGUGACUCCAAUAUCGCUCUCUCUGAUUUCGAGAAGCGGUGCCCAGGGCAGAUAGCUUUCGCGCCAGUCGUGGAGCCAGCAUCAGACUCUGCAGUGAUCACCGAGCUUCCAGUUGACAUCAUCAGGGCCGGCAGCUACAACCAGGUCCCCAUCAUACUGGGCGUCACUUCCGGAGAAGGAAUUGUCGGACUCUUCAUGUCUCAACUGCUGACAGAAGCGGGGGAAGCCGAUAUGAAGGAGAACUUCACGAUGCUGAUCGGCUCCCAGCUGCCGCUGCCCACGGAGGAACAGCGGACCCGUGCGGCGGAACAGCUGGAGAAAUUCUACUUCGGCGACGAGGGCUUCUCUAUGGACCAGAUGCAGGCAGUGGUUGAUCUGUUAUCCGAUCUGUUCUUCAUUUAUCCAGCGGACUCAUUCGCUAGGGCGGUGGCGAACUCCAGCAGUGUACCUGUUCACUUCUAUUAUUUUGACUACAACGGCACCGGCUCCUCGGAUUACGGUAUGAUACAUGCUGGUGAAACAACGUUUCUGUUUGCGGGUGGCUUAUUUAAACCAGACACAGACCCUAAUUCCGACGAUGGGAAAGUGUCAAAUCAGUUGACAACACUGUGGACAAAUCUCCCAAAAUACGGGGAGCCUGCGCCUUCUGGAAAUCCAAUGGUCUGGGAAAGGUUGACGGCCAAUGCCACCAACUAUCUUGAUAUGAAACUGGAAUUUGUGACACGUCAAGACAUGCUCAAGGAACGGAUGGAUUUCUGGAGAGGAAUAUUAAAUUUGUAA